GAGAGCGCAGGGAGCAGCCUGGGGCUCGGCGGCGGCGGCGUCUGGCCCCGGCUCCUCCUCCAUCUCCUCCUCGCUCCCUCCAUCUGCCGUGGUUAUGGCCCGUCGCUGGAGCACAAAAGAGUCUCCGCGGUGGAGGUCUGCGCUGCUCUUGCUGUGCCUCGCUGGGGUGUACGGAAAUGGUGCUCUUGCAGAACAUUCUGAAAAUGUGCAUAUUUCAGGAGUGUCAACUGCUUGUGGAGAGACUCCAGAACAAAUUCGAGCACCAAGUGGUAUAAUCACAAGCCCAGGCUGGCCUUCUGAAUAUCCUUCCAAAAUCAACUGUAGCUGGUUCAUAAGAGCAAACCCAGGGGAAAUCAUUACUAUAAGUUUUCAGGAUUUUGAUAUUCAAGGGUCUAGAAGAUGCAGUUUGGACUGGCUGACAAUAGAAACAUUUAAGAAUAUUGAAAGCUACAGAGCUUGUGGUUCCACAAUUCCCCCUCCAUAUAUCUCUUCACAAGACCACGUCUGGAUCAGGUUCCAUUCGGAUGACAGCAUCUCCAGAAAAGGUUUCAGACUGGCAUAUUUUUCAGGGAAAUCUGAGGAACCGAACUGUGCUUGUGAUCAGUUUCGCUGUGGUAAUGGAAAGUGUAUUCCAGAAGCCUGGAAGUGUAACAACAUGGAUGAAUGUGGAGACAGCUCCGAUGAAGAGAUCUGUGCCAAAGAAGCUAAUCCUCCAACAGCUGCUUCUUUUCAACCCUGCGCUUACAACCAAUUCCAGUGUCUCUCCCGCUUUACCAAAGUUUACACCUGCCUCCCCGAGUCUUUAAAAUGUGAUGGGAACAUUGACUGCCUUGACCUAGGAGAUGAAAUAGACUGUGAUGUGCCAACUUGUGGACAGUGGUUAAAGUAUUUUUAUGGAACUUUUAAUUCUCCCAAUUAUCCAGACUUUUAUCCUCCUGGAAGUAAUUGCACCUGGUUAAUAGACACCGGUGAUCAUCGUAAAGUCAUUUUACGCUUCACUGACUUUAAACUUGAUGGCACUGGUUAUGGCGAUUACGUCAAAAUAUACGAUGGGUUAGAGGAAAAUCCACACAAGCUUUUGCGGGUGUUAACUGCCUUUGAUUCUCAUGCACCUCUUACAGUUGUUUCUUCUUCUGGACAGAUAAGGGUACAUUUUUGUGCUGAUAAAGUGAAUGCUGCAAGAGGAUUUAAUGCUACUUAUCAAGUAGAUGGCUUCUGUUUGCCAUGGGAAAUACCCUGUGGAGGGAACUGGGGGUGUUAUACUGAGCAGCAACGAUGUGAUGGAUAUUGGCAUUGCCCAAACGGAAGAGAUGAAAUCAACUGUACCAUGUGCCAAAAAGAAGAAUUUCCGUGUUCCCGAAAUGGUGUCUGUUAUCCCCGUUCUGAUCGCUGCAACUACCAAAAUCAUUGCCCAAAUGGCUCAGAUGAAAAAAACUGCUUUUUUUGCCAGCCAGGAAAUUUUCAUUGUAAAAACAAUCGUUGUGUAUUUGAAAGCUGGGUGUGUGAUUCUCAGGAUGACUGUGGCGAUGGCAGUGAUGAGGAAAACUGCCCGGUAAUUGUGCCCACCAGAGUCAUAACUGCAGCCGUCAUAGGGAGCCUGAUCUGUGGCCUGUUACUCGUCAUUGCUUUGGGAUGUACUUGUAAGCUUUAUUCUCUGAGAAUGUUUGAACGAAGAUCAUUUGAAACUCAGUUGUCAAGAGUGGAAGCAGAAUUGUUGAGAAGAGAAGCUCCUCCUUCUUACGGACAAUUGAUUGCUCAGGGUUUAAUUCCACCAGUUGAAGAUUUUCCUGUUUGUUCGCCUAAUCAGGCAUCUGUUUUGGAAAACCUGAGGCUAGCUGUGAGAUCUCAGCUUGGAUUCACUUCAAUCAGGCUGCCUAUGGCAGGCAGAUCUAGCAACAUUUGGAAUCGUAUUUUUAAUUUUGCAAGAUCACGUCAUUCAGGGUCAUUGGCUUUGGUCUCCGCAGAUGGAGAUGAGGUGGUUCCUAGUCAGAGUACCAGCAGAGAACCUGAGAGAAAUCAUACUCACAGAAGUUUGUUUUCUGUGGAGUCUGACGACACCGAUGCCGAGAACGAGAGAAGAGAUGCAGUGGGAGCGUCUGGUGGGGUUGCAGCUCCUUUACCCCAAAAAGUGCCUCCCACGACAGCAGUAGAAGCAACAGUGGGAGCAUGUGGAAGUUCCUCAACUCAGAGUGCUCGAGGUGGUCAUAUGGAUAAUGGAAGAGAUGUGACAAGUGUGGAACCCCCAAGUGUGAGUCCGGCACGGCACCAGCUUACAAGUGCGCUAAGUCGUAUGACUCAGGGGCUACGUUGGGUUCGUUUUACAUUAGGGCGAUCAAGUUCCGUAAGUCAGAAUCAGAGUCCCUUGAGACAACUUGAUAAUGGGGUAAAUAGUAGAGACGAAGAUGACGAUGUCGAAAUGCUAAUUCCAGUUUCUGAUGGAGCUUCAGAUGCUGACGUGAAUGACUGCUCCAGACCUCUUCUUGAUCUUGCCUCCGAUCAAGGACAAGGGCUUAGACAACCAUAUAGUGCAACAAACCCUGGCGUAAGACCGAGCAGUCGAGAUGGCCCCUGUGAGCGCUGUGGCAUCGUCCACACUGCUCAGAUUCCAGAUACUUGCUUAGAAGCAACACUGAAGAAUGAAACGAGUGAUGAUGAGGCUUUGUUACUUUGCUAGGUACGAAUCGGGUAAGGGAGAUUGUAAGUUGGAGCAAUAUCCAUUCAUUGUUUUGUAACUUUACAAUUGAACUAGUUUUAGUUUAAAAAGAAACAAAAAGAUGCAGGGUUAUUUCUUAUUAUAUGUUAGCCUGCAUGGUUAAAUUAAAUAACUCAUAACUCAGAAUUUAGAGUUUCCUGUUUUUAGCAGCUACAUGUUUAUGUAUUCAUUUUGUUCGAUAAUGUUCUUCCAUUGGUUUCUCCUUGUUUUUAUCCUGGUACUGUAGUUCACUGUAGAAAUGUGGCUGCUGAAACAUUUAUUUGACUGUCAUUUUAUCUAUCCUAUGUUAAAAGGUUUGUUUGUACGAAAUAGUACCUUAUUUUAAUUGAAUCUUUUAUGCUUUUGCCAACACACCUUAUAACUUAUGCUAGAUGUUAAGGUUGGUAAUGUACAAAAAAAAGCAAGCCCUUAUACUCACCUGUGUUCUUAUUUGUCUAACAUUUGACUAUUACUGGAUUUCAUCAUAAUAUGAACUUGUCAACAGGAAAAAAAGUUUCUCAAAAUUUUUUUCUUAUGUUUAACAUGCAGUGAUGUGAAAUUUAGGUAGAGUUAGAUAAAUUAAUGGCAAAAACAAAACUCUUUUAUAGAUUUUCUAAUGUUGACUUUAAUACUCAAAUAUGGUACAAACCAAAUGGUAAAAUCCCUACACAUUUAAUUUUUUUCAUCUGUAUUUAGGAACAGGAUUGAGAGAAUGAAGAUACUCUACUAUGCAUUAAAUCUUGAACUUUAUAAAAUAUGUACAAAAAUUGUACAUGACAAGUUCCAGCUGGUAAUGUCUUUCCCUAAUAUAGGGUUAUGCUUGUAUUGGACCCUAGGGAUUUGCACUAAAAUCACAUCAAGGUCUCAGAUGAGCUUAGUGCACAAGCACUAUCACUUUAAAUAUUAUUAUUUGCUACCACAGUAACUAUAUAUUUCCAUAGCUUUUGGGGGGCAUUUUUAUUACAACUUGAAAUUGCUUUGCUGGUUUCAUAUUUAUUUGUUGUAUUUAAAAACUGCAUUAUUGUAAGAGUGAUUUUUUUCCAGUAUAUUUUAUUCAUGGGGGGAUUAAGCUACAGUCUUGAAGAAAAGCAGAUGAGUCAUUCAGAUCACCCCCCAUUUUUUUAGUAAAGUGAAUUGCAGAAUCCUGUAUAUUUUUUUAUUGUCAGUUUCUGUUUAUUUAUUCUUCAGCUGUCUGUUUUAGUAGCUUAAUAAUUGAGUAUGAAAAAUGUAUUUGUGUGUGAUUAUUGCUAUUUAUUAAAUUUAAGUACUUUGCUGAAUGUCAUUUUAAAGCAUGUUUGAGGUCUUGUGUAUUUGUCUUGUUAUGCUGUCAGAAAGAACUGACUAAAAUGUUUUAAUAUGUAUCAAAAAUUAAAAUAAUUUUUUUUAUUGCCUUGAGGUACUUUUUAAAUCAAAGUUGUUUUUUAUUUUUAUUUGGUGCAUAUAAAUUCAGUCCAUAAAAUAUGCAAUAUGUGUAGAAGAAAACUGGGAUGAGGGAUGUUCUUCCUUAACUGCUUUAUAGUAAAGUAGUGGUAUAUAUAGAACUCCAGGAGAGAACUCCCUGAGAGUCUGAAAAUCAUUUGGCUUUGGAGAAAACUGCCCUUAAUUGAUGUACCGUGUAAGAUGCAGUAACACAAUCAGUUUUCUUUUUAUACAGUUUCCACAUAUAUUUCAGACCCCUAUAGAAUACUAUACUGGUAGAAUUUGUGUUACAAAAUUAAUCUUCUUUUAUACCCUACUAGUAGUAUACAUUGGGAUAUAGGGCUUUUGUUUUUAUUUUAUGGCCUAUGUUUUAAUUUAUUUUUUAACUUAAUCCAUCAUCCUAAUUUAGAAGUAAGCAAUCCAUGUGCUACCCCGACCCCUGUCUUUGAGUUCCCUUUCAGAGAGGCACAUACCAAUACCAGAUUCUUAUCUCUCCCUCCAGAAACAUCAUCAUACAGUACGUAAAUGUGUGCAUAUGCAUGUACAUGCCAUACAUGGCAAGGCAAAUUAUACUGUGUGUUCAUCUUCUUCUUUUCUCAAAGGGAAAAUAUUAGAGUGUGAAUAUUAAAAAGCAGAGUUGAAUAUGUUCAUUUACAUCACUGAUCUACCCUGAAUCUAAAGCUUCAAUUUUUUUUUCCCCAGGAGAUUUCCUAGUUUUCCCAAAGCUAUUUGUUAAACAUACAUUCUUUUUUAACUAAUUUGAAAUGGAACAGGGCUGGCUCUACGGCAUAGUAGGUUAAGCCUCCGCCUGUAGCAUCAGUAUCCCAUAUGGAUACUGGCUUGCGUCCUGGCUGGUCCACUUCUCUGUCUCUCUCUGUAACUCUGCCUCUUAGUAAAUCUUAAAAAAAUAAUAAAUGCAAUGCAACUACUAUCACACAGUAAAAAUCCAUAUUAUUUGUGUGUGUUUCUUUCUCUUUUUGUACCAGUUAGACUGGUUUAUUUGAAAUUGAGAGUUACAGAGAGAUCUUCCACCUGCUAAUUCACUCCCCAGAUGGCUGCAGUAGUCAGGUCUGAGCCAGACUGAAGCCAGGAGCCAACAACUUCAUCUGGGUCUUCCAUGAGGGCGCAGGGUUCCAGAUAUUUGGGUCGUCUUCCACUGUUUUUCCCAGGAUAUUAGCAGGGAGCUGGAUUGAAAGUGGAGCAGCAGGACCAGGAACCAGCACCCAUAGGGGAUGCCAGCAUCACGGAGGGUGGCUUUACCUUGCUCUGCCACAGUGCCAGCCCCAGCCCUACACUUUUUAAUGACUACUUUUAACUCUUUCAAAUAUUCUUGUUUAUUUUUCCAUUUGAACUCCAGAAUCAGUGUGUUAAUUUCCAUAAAACAAAUUCAUGGGUUCUUUGCUUUGGCCAGUUUUAACUUGAUAGGUUAACUUGGAGAGAUUGGACACCAUCAUUGUAGUAAAGGUUUUUAUAUAAACCAUGGUGCCCUUCCUAAAAUUGGUGCCUGUUUAAGUCCUUUUUCUUGUUUCCUUCAUAUGUAUUAAAUUUAAAAGAGAUCCCAUAUAUUUUUAAACAGUAUUUUCUUACAAAUUUCAUCAUUUUUGUGACUGUUAUUAAUGAAGUCCUUUAUAGUCUGAUUUAACUAUAUACAAAGGCUAACAGCUUAUAAAUGUUAAUUUUCCACCCAGCUACCUGACUCCAUUUUCUUAGUUUGUAACAGCAUUUCAGUUAUUUUGUGUUUUCCAGAUCUGCAGUCAUGUUGCCUGCAGACAUUAAUAUGUAACCUUUGCUUCAGUGUGCCUACCUCUUUCUGUUGUGUAAUUGCAUUUUCGGGUACUUACAGAAUAAUGUUAAAUAGCUUUGGCUAUGAUGAACUGGGUUGAGCUGGAUAACAUUUGCUCAUAUUAAGGAGAUCCAUUGAUUGCUUUUAAAAAAAAUGUUUAAGAAUGCAUGUUUUAUUACAUGCCUUUUCAACAUCUGUGGAGAUGCCCAAAUAAUACUUCUCUGAUCCCUUAACAUGAAUUUCAUUAAUAUAUUUUGUAAUUUUGAACCA